UGUGGUUCAAACCUGUUACAAAACCUAAAUUCAGUCUUGCUAUAGUCGUCUUGUGGAACAGUCACGCUACCACUGUUAAUUCUCGUGGUGCGCCUACAGCGAAAGAGCAGAUAGAAAGUGAUAUUUUUCUGCAAAGAAGAUCAAGUUCAACGUGGCUUGUAGUGUAGUUUGAAGCACCAAUCCAAAUCAUGACCCAACAAGGACCCGUCUUCGACUCCAACUGCAUGACGCUGACGCGUUUCGUGCUACAGGAGCAGAAGAAGCACACACACGCUACGGGCGAUCUAUCGCAGCUGCUCAACUGCAUCCAGACUGCGAUCAAGGCCAUCAGCUCGGCCGUCCGUAAGGCCGGAAUCGCAAAACUGCAAGGAAUCUCCGGGGAUACUAAUGUUCAGGGUGAGCAGGUCAAGAAGUUGGAUGUCCUGUCCAACGAGAUAUUUAUUAACAUGCUCAAAUCUUCGUAUUCCACGUGCCUGUUGGUAUCGGAGGAGAACGACAACAUUAUCGAGAUUGAGACUGACAGCAGAGGCAAAUACGUGGUUUCGUUUGACCCACUGGAUGGUUCGAGCAAUAUCGACUGCCUCGUUUCCAUUGGUUCUAUUUUUGGAAUCACAAAACAAGUUAACGAGAGCACAGACCCUUCAAUUGCGGAUGCACUCCAGCCUGGCAACAAGCUGGUAGCUGCCGGUUACGCCCUGUAUGGGUCUGCCACCAUGAUUGUGAUCAGUCUAGGCGAAGGCGUUCACGGAUUUAUGUACGAUCCAUCGAUCGGAGAGUUUGUGCUGACGGAUUAUAACAUGCGCAUUCCGGAGCGGGGUAACAUCUACUCCAUCAACGAAGGCUAUGCUUCAACGUGGGAUCCAUCGGUGUUGAACUACGUCCAGGACAAGAAGGAUCCGGCUAAGGGAAAGCCAUAUGGUGCACGUUACGUUGGCAGCAUGGUUGCCGACGUGCACCGAACGAUCAAGUAUGGAGGUAUCUUCAUUUAUCCCGCAACGGCGGCGUCUAAGAACGGAAAGCUCCGUCUGCUGUACGAGUGCAACCCAAUGGCUUACAUUGUUACGAAAGCUGGCGGUAAAGCCAGUGCCGGUAAGGAUAAGGAAAUCUUGGAUGUGGUACCAACUUCGAUCCAUCAGCGUUGUCCCAUCUAUCUCGGUUCCAAAUUGGACGUCGAAGAAGCACUCAGCUACAUCAAGUAAGGGGAUCGUCAUUUUGGAGCCUGUUAAUGUUAAUCUCAAGUGAU